AUGGACGAAGACAUGGACUUCGACGGGGUUCCAGCAGCCCAUCAGCAAAGUUUUGUUACACAGGGGUACAAUGAUGCCCAGAUACCCUCGGGUGUGGACGACGGGCGAAAGAUGCUAGACCUUGUUUUCGUCCAAGAUUGUACAGGAAGUCAAGGCAGCUAUAUAUCAUCAGCGACGAAGAAUAUCGAACUCAUAUGCGAAAAUAUCUUCGAAUCCGGGAAACUUCAAAAUCGGGAGGAUCUUCGAGUCGGUCUCGUCGCCUAUCGGGAUCAUCCUCCACAGGAUCAUAGUUACGUGACCAAGAACUUCGGAUUUUCGUCUGAUAUCAGCAAGGUGCAUAAAGACCUGUCUAGUCUUUAUGCAUCGGGUGGAGGCGAUGGCCCUGAAGCGGUCACAGCGGGAUUGUUCGAGGCACUGCAUAUGGAUUGGAGACCGCAGGCCAGUAAGAUGGUCAUCCUCAUUGCGGACGCACCGCCGCAUGGAAUUGGGGAGUAUGGCGAUGGUUUCGACGAGGGAUCGCCAGACGGUCACGAUCCUCUCCAGCUCGCACGAGAGAUGGCGGCUCAUGGAAUCAUCCUCUUUUUUGUCGCUUGCGAGCCGGCAUUGAGCAAUUACUCUUAUGCAACCGACUUCUUCCAGGCGCUCACAAAUAUCACAUCUGGCAUCAUGUUGCCGCUUACGACAGCAGAUUUGCUCGCACAUGCUAUCGUAGGUCUUGUCCUCGAGAACCUUGACAUGGAGCGCUUGGUCCGCGAGGUGGGCCAAGCGGUCGCGCAGCGGAUAUUGGGCAAUAAUGAGAGCGUGGACGAUGUUGCUCGGGAGCUGCACGAGAAGCUGCUUCUCCGGAACGAGAACACGAAGAAAAUUGUCAUCGAGUCUAUCUACAAGGACUCUGAUGAAGCGAGAUCGAAUGUCAACGUAUUCAGUCAGGCAGCUUCCCUCACCGAGGCGCGACCUCAUCUACGAAGAGUGACUGGCUCGCGGUUCACUGAUAAAUACCUCCACGUUCGGAUGAAUAAUAGCAAAUCAUCCUACUCGCACACAACUGCUGUCCCAAUUCGGUCAACCGAGCCUAAGCCGUUUGCCAGCACGUCGACGGCACACUCGCCCCCGAGAAAGGUCGUCACAGACUUCGCUGCAUUUGGUGCGCCGAAGACUGCUAGCGUCUUCGGCACGGCUGUCGCGUCGACCCCGUUCUCACUGGCGGGCAACAAGGCGGCGUUUGGUAGCCUGCGGAAUCCAGCUGGGCGCGGGAUGGAGGACGAGGAUGAAGAUGAGGACGAGGAAAAUGAUGGACGCCAGAGAGUAUUUUUGAAGGAAGACUCCAUCACACUAGAACAGGCCCGACGCAUUGCGAUGCAAAGCGCAUGGCGGAGUACGCGAGCCUGA